AAGGAAUGGAGGUUCAGUCAGACUCAUUCACCAAACAAGCUGCAUGCAAGGAAGAACAGCAAGCAGCCACAACCGCAAGAUCUACUCUACAAAAUUCUCCAAACACACCAAUGCCAGACUCUUUUUCUGCUGCAGUGAGCGGCAGCCGUGAAGGGAGAGACGUGAGAAAAGGCGCUUGGGAAAAGGGGAAAAAGAAGAAAAAGAAAGGGGGUUGGAGCAAUAAAAGCACCCACAACAACAACAAAAGACACACAAAGGAGCCACGGGAAGGGUUUUCGCCGGCAGAAAAGAGUGGAUAACACCGAGACUCCGUGGCGAGGAAGGAGCUUCUAGAAGCAAGAGAGCAUCGCCACCCGCGAAGUGGAGACCAGGAGGCGGGAACGUUAACGGUAAUCCUCCUCCGGGACCCCCUUCCUGAGCUACCGGCAGCCCCUCCUUCACUUGAGGUUUCAAGCGGGAACAAGCAGGAUCUGUCCGCCCAGCCAUGGCUUUCCCAUCAGCCCCUGCUCCGUUAUGGAUUGCCGGCCUAAUGACGCUAGCCUUGGCAGUUGUGGUUCACAGCAACGUUGUCUUUGACGAAGACCCUCUGCAGCCCGUCACCACCGACGAGAUGGUGUCUGUGGGCGGCACGGUGACGCUGACCUGCCGGGUGGCCGACAGCGACAACUCGUCCCUGCAGUGGUCCAACACGGCCCAGCAGACGCUGUACUUCGGGGAGAAGAGAGCGCUGCGAGACAACCGCAUCCAGCUGCACCGCUCCACGUCCACCGAGCUCUCCAUCACCAUCGCCGAGGUGCAGCUGUCUGACGAGGGCGAUUACACCUGCUCCAUCUUCACCAUGCCCGUGCGCACCGCCCGGGCCACCGUCACCGUGCUAGGUGUGCCCGGCAAACCUCACAUCUCUGGAUUAGAGAAUCCGGUGCAGGAGGGGGGCACGGUCACCUUGACCUGCACCAGCACUGGCAGCAAACCCCCCGCCCGGCUGCACUGGUUUCGCGGGGACGAGGAGCUGGAAGGCCGCCCGGACGUGGUGGAGUCGGUGCAGGAUGAGCCCACCUACAACGUGAGCAGCGAGCUGACGCUGGAGGUGAGCCGCGCCAACGACAACCAGGUCAUCACCUGCGCCGUCGACCAUCCCUCGCUGGCGCCGGGGGACAAACGGAGCGAGCACACCCUGAGGGUCUUGUAUUCCCCGAACGUUCAGAUACUGCCUGAGAGCGAUCUGCCUCGUGAGGGGGAGAAGUUUCUUCUCCAGUGUUUGGGCAACAGCAACCCUGAGCCGUCGUCCUACACUUGGGAGAAGAAGGAUGGAGAGCUCCCCCCGCUGGCCAAAGCGGACGGCGCGUUCCUGCGCUUUGAGACGCUGAACAAGUCGGACAACGGCGUGUACCUGUGCUUCGUGGACAACGGCGUCGGGAGCAGCGCUGGCGAAUACACGCUGCUGGUGCAAGACCCGGACACCACGAUUGCUUCUGCGACCUCUUCUCCUACGUCACCGCCAUCUUCCCCCCUUGCCACUGAAUCUACCUCCUCCUUCGACAUUACGGAACUUUCCUCCACCACCUUCCAGUCCGAGAGCACCGCCACCGUCCAGUCCGAGAGCACCGCCACCGUCCAGUCCGAGAGCACCGCCACCGUCCACUCUGAGAGCACCGCCACCGUCCACUCCGAGAGCACCGCCACCGUCCAGUCCGAGAGCACCGCCACCGUCCAGUCUGAGAGCACCGCCACCGUCCAGUCCGAGAUCACCGCCACGCUUUCCAACGAGCUUUUCCCCGACGUCACUUUGUCGCCCGACUCCUCCUCCUCUUCCCCCUCCUCUCUCACUUCCGUCUCUCGUACGUCCGCCUCCUCUACUCCCUUCUCCAGUUCGUUUUCGACUUUGCCUCCCAUAUCUGCAAGCGCGGCGCCUUCCUCCACCGCCCACUCCUCCGCCUUUGCCUCCUCCUCUUACUCCUCAGUUUCCGACUCGCAGAACGGACGUUUCACUUCCACAGAAGCUGCCGACAACGCCCCAGGUACACCGUGCACCUGA